AUGGCCGUCACCGCCUCUGAAGCCCAUUUUGCUAAAACCCUCACCUGGUGUAUCCGCCUUUUGCAGCUGGCCUUUAGCAUAGUUCUUCUCGGCUCGCUCUCAUACAUCAUCAAUGAGCACCGCGAAUUUGUACGCCCGGGACCUUAUUCACGUUUCAUCCCUUACGAAGUGAUUGUUCCUGAAGUCUUCUCUAUCUUUUCAAUCCCCAUCACACUCUUCGGCGUUUUCGCAGUCUUCUUCUUUUCCUUUUCCAUCCAGAUUGUGGCGGCGUGUCUCGACCUUGUCCUCUUUAUUGGCUGGAUUGCUUGCAUUGGCCUAUUGCGUAACAACUUCCAUACUGAUGGGAGACCGAACCAGUUGGCGAGGUAUCUUAACGGUCUUAGACGUAGCCAUGGGGCUAGAGGACACCAAGCCCUGAACGGGCACCUGGUCAGACUUAUAGUGGCACUGGUCAUAAUACAAAUUAUCCUCUUUUUCGUGACAGGCAUGCUUGCAAUGCUGGUCGCAGUCAACGACAGGAGGAAGAAGGCGGCGGCAAAGGUAGCCCCGGCACCGGUCAUGGUGCUGGAUGACGGGAGGAUGCAUGGUGUAGCCGAAGAUGAGAAAGUUAGGGAGUUCUGGAAGGGGAGAGAUAGCAGUGAAACGGCGGUAGCCUAA